CUUUCGUUUCCUGACGGGGUUGGGAGAUCAUCCUGCAGCAUUACCCACCAGAGCACUUGGAAGUACAGCACAUACAGCUGCCCCUCUCCAUUCAGGUACAGCUGUCAUACCCCUGUUGCGCCGGAACAAACACCGAAACUAGCAAUGUCCGUCCCCGACGUCGCCAAAGGAGUCCUAGUGGAAGCCACCCCUUCCUUCCUGUCCGAAAUCACCAAUGACAUUGACGUUGAGCUUACCCCCGCGAGCGCCUACACAAUCACCCCAACGAACGAUUCGACAAAGGCGGUACUGCUGGCGUACCCGUCGGGCGUGUACACGGUUGCCAGGACGGUCCGCGGCAGUGGGGUGCACCAGCUGGACGCGCAUCUGAAGCGGAUUGUAGAGGGAUGCCGGGGGGUUGAGUUCAACAGGGGUGCUGCUGGGGAGACUCACAAGCACGCGAUGGGUGAGCCUGCGGAGAUUGCAACCGCAAUGCAACCCUUCCGUGACCCUCUAUUGGGCGCGCGGCUCGUCCGCUCCGCAAUGGGUGUCGCACUACGUGAAUGGAGACAGGCCUCGCUCUCCCGCCACGAUGUCGAGGCCAAAAUCGCCGUCUUGGUCACUUACGACAAGCUGGAAAAGCGGGCACGGCUGAUCUGCCAUGUCGACGCACUAUUCCCGCCUGCAUCACAACCCGUUGGGGUUAUGGUAGACGGCCCGCCCCGCCAGAACGCGGCUGUGAAGGACACACAAUGGAUCCGCGACCGCACCCACCUCGAACGCCACCUCUCUAGCGAGAUCAGCGAAGUCGUCCUCUACGACGCGGUAGCCGGCACGCUCUAUGAAGGCCUCACCACCAACCUCUGCGUGCUCACCAGCGACCCCAUCGGAGGGCAUGCGUACCUCGCCUCCGCGCCGGCAGGCACUGUGCUCGAGGGUACGAUGCUGCGGCUUGUGCAUCAGGUCUGCGGGGAGAUGGGGCUGGAGGUUCGGCGCGAGUGUCUGGCGGUGGAGACGCGGGGAUCAUGGAAAGCGGCGUUUUUGACGAGUGUUGCUAAGCCCGUGGUGGAGGUCGGGUUGAUGAGGUUUGCGGAUGGGAGUAGGGAGUGGGUGCUUGAGACGGGGGAUGAGGUUGUGCGGGAGAUUCGGAGACGGGUGCGCGAGCAUUUGACUAAGCUUGAGACUCGAGGGAAGUGAGGAAACGAGCGACGGCUGCAGGUGUUGGCGGAGGCUGGGGAGUUGGGCCACCAUCCUUUUUGGGAACGACCAUUCCGUUGAGUCGGCUCAGGAUAGGUGACCCCGCUUCUAUGCCCCUUCUCCGCGACGCAACGCAGCAGAAUUCUCAACACUCGGACCGUCCAAACACACACCUACUCACACGCUUCGAAACAUCCAUCAGCGUAUACCCCUCUUGGUCUCUUGGGGAUUUGCGUCCCGUGUU